GGGCAACUUCUUCUAAAUGACGUUGCCAUGUAUUUCAUUCUCCUCCUCAUAAGUUGGGGAGUGAAAAACUCAAGUGCAGUUAUUUCGAGCCGAGGACGGACAGAAGUGACAAUGAAGCUAUUGGCAUGCUUUUUUUGCGUUGUCUUAUUGGCCUUCUCCACUGAUGCAAACCCCAUCAUUAAGGAGAGCUUUGCAAAGCAGCUACUCCGCACUAAGAGACAGAAGCCUGGACACCCCGACGAACCUAUGAGGGAACACAUGCUACAUAUGCAGAGGCUGGAGCAAAGGGCUCGAGAGACCAGUAUGGAGAACUGGCUGAACCCUCACUGCUUCCCUCGUUGUGACCGCAGCUACCGGCUACCCUGUGUAACCGGCCCGCAGUGAUCCAUAGGCUGAAGACAAGAAUUCCGGCGACGACAAUGCUGAUCAAGACAACGAAAUGGAUUGCAAUCAAAAAGAAAAGAUCCAGAAAUGCUGAGGAGGCCAAGGACACAAAAAACACGAAGACACCCACCCAUCGAUAGUUUAGGAGCAUUGUAGAUGUGCUAUUUAGAUGGAACAUCUUAGAAUCGGUGUUUUUUAAACGA